AUGGUUGACCAACCUGAAGAUAGUUCGUUUAUGUCACCGUUGACUGCCGAGAAAGCUUCGAAAACACCGAGGUCAUCGAGAACGAAGACAAAGGAUCAACCGGCCACGACAACCAACUCAGAAGAGAUGUUGAUUCCGUUUCCAGAAACUUUUGAUGAGCUCGUAAGUAAAACAUUGAUAAUUUCAUUCAAUAAAUAUCAAUAGAGAAUAAUACAUCAACAUGGGUGUUCGGAAAUACCAGAUAUAUUUCGAGUGUUGAACGUAAUAUCUCAAAUAGUGAAAUAUCAUGUUCAACACGAGAAAUAAAUCUGGUAUUUCCCAGCAUCCAUGUAUUUUUCUGUUUAUUAUAUAAAGGACAGUCUUUGAAAAGCGAUAUUUUUUACAGAAAAGCGAUAAUUGAAAAGCGAUAUAAAUUUUCACGUGUGAAAAUAGUCUCACAUGUGAGUUUCACAUGUAAGCACUAUACUUUAUAUAAUAAAAUAUGAUAAAUUUGUGAAAAUAUUUUUUCACGUAUUCACAACAGUUUUUAUACAAUGCCAAUGUCAUGUUUUUGAUUGCUUAUGAACAGCAAAGUUCUACCGAUGCAAAUGACAGUCAAAUAGACCAGUCCAUGGAAGGAGAUGACAAAGUUGAUAGAGAUGAUUUGUUGAUAGAGAGAAACAGAAGGUUGAAAAAUAAAGUUAUUUCUCUUCGAGCAAGCCAAAAAAAGGAUAGAGAAUUGAGAAAUAUGAAACGCAAAGUUGUGUGCAGCAUUAGUAAACCAAGUAAUUCAAAUAAGAAAAUAUUGCCUGAAAAAAUAAGUUUAUAAUGUACCAGCAGGUUGAUGCAUAGAGAUGCCAAUGGCCCAGCCUCCAUGCAGCACGUGCCUGUUAGGUGUAACAGUCAUGUUCAUGGCAUUUGGUCUGAAAAAAUAAUCUUUUGUCCAGCGGUGGGGCAACAUAAAAAAGUGUGGGGAUUUGCAUGAUGGGGAGAGGAGUUAUCAUUUCAUUGAACAAAUACAAUAAUCGUGUUAUUUUCUACAUUAAUAAUGCUCUAUAGUAAACCUCCUUGAAGAACUGAUUCGACAUGACUCAACAGAAAGGAAUGUGGAGGAAAAAAAAGUCCUGUGUACAGAUGAUGUUUGCAUGGAUGAUUCAGAUGACGAGGUUGAAAGUGAGAUGGACCAACCAUACGUCAUGGAAAUGGAUGAUACCUCUGCUUCUGAAGAUCAAAAUGACUUAGAAGAUGAACCAGAAGCUCAGUAA